CCCAACCAAUGCUACCACUCCAAAGCGAGAAAAAGUCCCACACCGAGAAAAACGAUAACAACUCAUGUCAAGUGUGUAGCGCCGCCGUAACCCUACCUUCUUUUCAAUUUUUUUUUUUCAGAUUUUGCUCUUCCGGGCCCUUGAAUUACAGUUAUACCCUUCUGGUUAUGAGAGUUUCCAACCGGCGCCACAGAGCCACCGAGCCGAAGCUCUUCUUCACUACUCGGCUUCCCUCGUCACAGAUAUUGCCGGUACCGCCGAUUGAAAUAGAGAGCCGCCGAGCCAGCCGAACAAACACUUCUCAAAUUCCAUCUUUACCCUUCUUCCCUGUAAAUAUUCUCUUUUUUAUUUAACUGUUCGUAACCACCAUGCAAAACUCGAAGAACCACCGCAACGGCCAGGCCGAGUCUCACCGCCGGUGGAAGUUAACAAACAAAUCCUCUUCCUUUCACAGUCAGUCAUCGUCAGCCGCCGCCAUGUCCGGCACAUCAAUCCGGCGGCCAAUGACGGUGCCGGAACUUCUGCUAGACAGAAACCGCUCCGCUCCGGCCGCGGCGGCGGAGGUUGUGCGGAGACAACCACCGAAGCUCUUGCUGAAGGUCACGAUCAUGGGAAGCCUUGGUCCCGUGCAGGUGGUGAUGACGCCGGAAUCAGCCGUCGGAGAUUUAGUGGCGGCGGCGGUGAACCAGUACAUUAAGGAAGGUCGCCGCCCAAUUCUUCCGUCUAACGACCCUUCGCAAUUCGAUCUUCACUAUUCUCAGUUCACCCUAGAAAGUUUGGAGAGGAACGAGAAGCUGAAGGAUAUUGGGUCUAGAAACUUCUUUCUGUGUCCGAAGAAGCAUGGUGGUGGUGGUGGUGAUGGUGGCUCAACGACGCCGUUUGCUUCGUGUUCUAGAGAGGCAGACAAAACGACGAAGGGUGGUGCGUUUGGAUGGCUAAGGUUCAUGGAUUUAUCUCGCUGAAAAUUACUGGUGGAGGAUCCCAGUAUUUUGUCACAGUUAUUUCAGAUAUUUUUAUUUUUAAAUCUUUAAUUAUUUCUAAUGCAUCAUCAGUGAAUGGCCUAUUAGUGUAAACAGAAUAUGUCGGCCAUUUUAAUAUUAUUAGCUUUUUUGGACCAUUUUUUUUUCUUUUCCUUCGUCAGAAGCUAUUCCAUUCUGCAACUUGAAAUGGGCACAUGUGUAAUAAAAGUCAGUGAUGUUGAUAUUUUAUAAAUGAUUCAUCUCAGAUGUUCCUACA